AUGGACGAAAAAAGGCAAGAAAAAGGCAAUAGCCAGGAGGAGCAUGUCCCGACCCUGCUGCCCGACGCCAGCUCAGAAGAAAAAGACACGUCUAGCGAUGACCAUGUUUUCGUCCCACCUGACGGCGGCUUGACUGCCUGGCUACAGGUGCUCGCGAUGCUGUUGAUUAGUAUGGUCUCAUGGGGCUCUCCCUCGGCAUUUGGCGUAUACCAGCUUUACUACAAGGACACUCUGAAGAUCUCGCAAUCGCAAGUCUCGUGGAUUGGCUCCAUCCAGUUCCUCCUCACCUACGGCAUGUGCACUGUGUCUGGUCGGCUUGCAGACGCUGGCUACAUCCACUCCACUGUUGCCGCUGGAGCGUUCCUCGUGGUGCUGGGAACCUUCAUGACGAGUCUUGGCAGCCAGUACUGGCACUUUCUUUUGUCCCAGGGCUUGUGUGUCGGCUUUGGCCUUGGUACGAUGUUCAUGCCGCCUCUGGCUGUGGCAACUUCCUACUUCGACAAGCGGCGCACAAUGGCCGUUACUUGUGCGGCCACGGGGACUGGUAUUGGUGGUGUCGUAUUCCCCGCCAUCAUUCAGUACUUGAUUCCCAAAGUUGGUUUUCCGUGGGCGGUUCGCGUUUCUGCUUUCGUCGCGCUGGUUGCCACUGGAACAGCCCUGUUGUUGCUUCGACCUCGCCUGAAACCUCGCAGAUCUGGCCCUCUUGUUGAAUGGUCUGCUUUUACCGAGAAACCGUACCUCUUCUUCGCGAUUGGAGCAUUUAUGCUUUAUUGGGCCCUUUUCUUUGCUUCUUUCUACAUCAACAGCUUUGCUCGAAAUAUUCUUGGUUUUUCCACAGAGGAUUCGAUUCAGCUUCUCCUCAUUUCUAAUGGCAUGAGCGUUCCUGCUCGCCCGCUGAUUGGCUUCGUUGCCAAUCAGCAUGUUGGCGCCAUGAACACGUACAUUGUCGUGACGGUGGUUUUUGCCAGCCUCAUGCUGACUUGGAUCGCCGUUCACGAUCGGGUGGGGAUGUAUAUUUUCACAGUAUUUUUUGGCCUCGCCAAUGGAUUAUGCCAGGGCAUGUUUCUUGGCGCUCUCGCAAGCCUCACUCAGGAUGCAACAAAGAUGGGUAGCCGGUCAGGAACUGUCCAUACCAUCGUGGCAUUUGCUACACUAGCUGGGCCACCUACGGCGGGUGCCAUUAUUGAUCGCUCCGGUGGUAAAUAUACAAAUGCUCAGAUAUGGGGGGGCUUGAUGAUUUUUGUUGCGGCAGCCUUUUUUACUGCUUCGCGUCUCUCUAAGACGGGGCCAGUUCUUCGCGUGAAGAUAUGA